ACAAAUGUGACAACGUUCAGCUCAGUUGGCCGGUAGAAAAGGAAGCUUUACUUGGCAAAAUACGAUAAAUAUGGCCGCUCUUGCUCCAGUCCAAGUCUCUCCCCUGAUCAAGUUUGGUCGCUGGUCAGCCCUGUUGCUGGGUAUCAUGUGGGGAUCUCAUCGUUACAAUACUCUGAAGGCUUCUGAAACUGCUUGGAGAGUAGAAGAAGCUGAACGAAAGAUUGUCAAGGAUGCCCACAAGGCUACAGAGAAGACAAGAUUGAACCGUGAAGAACUCUUGUAUUUAGCUGAUCAGGCUGGUGUCAAAGUACCUCCAAAUUUCUAAAGCCCCAAAAUUGUCCAAUAAUGUACACAUGUUAGUCUGCUGAUGAAAUUCCUUGGCAGUGUAAAAGUUUCAAGAAUCAAUAUAGGAGCCACAUCUUAA